AUGAGGGCCUUGUUCAUGUUUAGUGUAACAUUUCUAGCCACGUGUAGGACGGAAUUCACACCUGUGACCUUUGUGUACUAUAGUGAUAAACGAAAUUGGAAAAAUGCUAAUUAUACAUGUGCACGUGUUGGAGCCACGCUGGCCCAUUUUUCGGACAUUUCUAGUAUAAUGGACAUAUUAGAAGAUCUUCCACAAAUAAAAAACAUAACUGUUUGGAAUGACGAUACAAGCAAAAGAUAUUUUAAAGAUGAGGAAACAUUGAACCUUUGUGGCGCCAUCACUCUAAAUGCCAACAGAACUUCUUCACAGUACAAUUGUCUUCAAGAACUGCCUUUUCUGUGUCAGUAUCAAACAGGACAAUGUCAAUACAGGAUUUACGAACAAACAAGUAUUCGGGGAAAUAAUAUCUUCACAAAGACUGCAAUCACAUGGCAGCAUUGUCAUGAUCUAUGUGAGACAGUCACGGAGUUCAUUUGCCGCAGCUUCGAGUACAAUCCGGUCAGUCAGUAUUGUCAACUCUCAGAAACCAACAGAUGGCAAAAAGCAAAUCAGUUUGCCUUCAACGUUAGAAGUUGGGAUUACUACCACAAAACCUGCAUAACUGCGUUGUUGAAGAGCAAUUUUCUCGAGUAUUCAUCAACUUUGUCCAUACUAUCAACCAUGCCAUCAACAUCAUCGACAGUUUCCAUAGUUUCCACGACCCAAAAAAUUCCAGUGGCUUCACAAGUGCUACAACCGCUUAGAGUCCUGAUGUUUGAAAACCCACUGUCGUGGUCCAAAGCCAACGAGUUUUGCAAAUCAAAAGGAGGCACACUAGCAGUCCUGAAUGAUAAAUCGAUAAUUCCGGAGGCUAAUUUAACAUCAACAGAAAAUUCACAGACGGUAUGGGUUGGUUUAUCACAAGAGGAGUAUAUGGAUUGGAAAUGGGUGAAUGGAGAUUCACUUGCAGAAACCAACUGGAAGUAUGAACCCAACCGAUAUGACAGAUCAAAGAAAUGUGCAUCGGUCACCCUGAAACAUCCCUAUUGGUGGUACGAAGGCAUGUGUACUGAGUCUAAACCCUUUAUUUGCCAGUUCGAAGAGGAUACCUGCAGAUACCAGAAGGAGAUGGCGUCAGUAAUGGUAGCUCAUAACAGACUCAUUUUGAUAAACUCCUCCCUCUCUGAAUGUUACCAUGUUUGUAAUUCGUCCAUGCAGUUCUCGUGUCGCUCAUUUGAAUACAACCUGAAAAACCGAACCUGUCAAUUAAGUGACGUCAAUAGAUGGACUGAGAGUCAUUAUUUCUUACAAGAUAUACCUGGCUGGGACUACUACCAUAGAAAGUGUUACUAUGGUAUUGACGAUUAUCCGUUUACAAGUACAUCAACAACUGAGGACUACACAACAGAAAGUACGUCACAGGAAACAAUACCUAGUACACAACCCACCACCACUGAGGCAUCAUUUGACGUCUUAAAACGAGAGUUAGAAGAGAUUGGGGACAAGAUUCGAGAAAAGAAACGCAAAGCGUCUAGAACAAGCGUCAAAGACACGCGUCCCUCUGCCACAAGUGUCGGCGUCGUUGGUAUCAUAAUAAUUGUGUCUAUGGUUGGAGGAAUUGUAAUUCUAGAUUUAGGUACAUUACACAUGCACUGCAAACAUUUCUCUGGAAGAAGAGGAAAGAAAGGACCUAAGCAUCGAUAUAUUCAAAAACAGGAGGAAGACAGGUCUAAACCUAAUAUGGAGGGAGAAGAUAAUGCUGGAGGAGAUACAAACGAAGAAGGAGAUAAGAAGACGUUCAGUUCUGAAGUCAACAAAGUAACUUUAGACAAACAAAAUUCAGAGAGUUUCCGUAUGAAGAAAAGUGAUGUUAACGAGAUAAACGGUAAUCAUGAAAAAUCAAAAGUUAACGAUCUUUAUCAUCAAGGAGAUACACAGUUGUAACUGUUUAUAACAUUAACUGACUAUA